GGCCGUGGCGUCCGCGCGAGCAGCGUCACCGGGACGCCCACCUGUGAGUCGCGACCCUCGGCGGGAACCGAGGCACACGCGGCACGCCGCCAUCCACCUGUGCGCACAACCUCCUCCGCGCCGCUCGGCAGCUGGGGAGCCCCGGGCAGCGUCCCGAGGGGCUGCCCCGCCCCGCGCCCGCUCCCGAGCGGCCCGGGGGACACCCGCGCGGGGGCACCGGCGCGCGGGGCCCGGGCCCAGGUAGCCCCGCCCCUCCCUCCCGCCAGCCCCGCCCCGCGAGGGGGAUGGCGGGGCCGCGCUGCUGCCGGGAGGAGGCGGCGGAGAAACGCUCGCGGACGGCGGCAGCGGCGGGCGGGGUCACGAACUCUGACCUUUCCCAGGGGCACGGCACACAAAACAAAACACCACCCCCCCGCGCGGCCCCGUAACACUGACCCGCCCCCCCCGCAGCCCCGGGACCCCCGCCCCGCCGCCGCCCGCACGGGGGGAGGGAGGGCCGCGCUGGGCACCGCCACCCAGCACCGGCCCGCCCGGGCCCGGGUCGCCGCUAGGGCACGUGUGGCGCCAGUUCCUGAGGUGCAGACUGUGCAGACUUCACUCUCUGAAUCUCCAGUGAUGACCAGCCCUUCCCAGCGCAUCCAGAUAAUUUCCACAGACUCCUCUGUAGCCUCACCACAACGCAUUCAGAUUGUGACAGAUCAACAAACAGGUCAAAAAAUCCAAAUAGUGACAGCAGUGGACUCAGCUGUGUCUCCAAAGCAGCAGUUUAUUUUAGCCAGUCCAGAUGGAAGUGGUGCAGGAAAGGUGAUCCUGGCAGCCCCCGAGACGCCCAGUGCCAAACAGCUCAUCUUCACCACCGCCGACAACAUCGUGCCAGGCCGAAUUCAGAUAGUGACAGACUCUGCGUCAGUGGAACGUUUGCUGGGAAAAGCUGAUGUUCAGCGGCCCCAGGUAGUAGAAUAUUGCGUAGUCUGUGGCGAUAAAGCGUCAGGUCGUCACUACGGUGCUGUCAGUUGUGAGGGAUGCAAAGGUUUCUUUAAAAGGAGUGUGAGGAAGAAUUUGACCUACAGUUGUCGUAGCAACCAGGACUGUAUCAUCAAUAAACACCAUCGGAAUCGCUGCCAAUUCUGUAGGCUGAAGAAAUGUCUAGAGAUGGGCAUGAAAAUGGAAUCGGUUCAAAGUGAAAGAAAGCCUUUUGAUGUGCAGCGUGAGAAACCAACCAACUGCGCGGCUUCCACGGAAAAAAUCUAUAUCAGAAAAGAUCUACGAAGCCCUCUAAUAGCAACUCCAACGUUCGUGGCAGAUAAAGAUGGGACGCGGUCAGCAGGUCUUCUUGAUCCGGGAAUGCUUGUGAAUAUUCAGCAGCCUUUGAUCAGAGAUGACGGCACAGUCCUCCUAGCCGCUGACUCCAAGGCUGAAACAAGCCAGGGUGCUUUAGGAACACUAGCAAAUGUUGUAACGUCUCUUGCUAAUCUAAGUGAGUCACUAAAUAAUGGAGAUACUUCUGAAGUUCAACAAGAAGAGCAAUCUGCAAGUGAGAUUACACGGGCAUUUGAUACUUUGGCUAAAGCACUUAACACCACAGAUGGUCCAGCAGCUCAUAGCCUGGCAGAUGGGAUGGACCCUGCAGGAGGAGGGAACAUCCAGGUAAUCAGUAGAGAUCAGUCAACACCAAUUAUUGAGGUGGAAGGACCCCUUCUUACGGAUACACACGUCACAUUUAAGCUGACGAUGCCCAGCCCGAUGCCCGAGUACCUGAACGUGCACUACAUCUGCGAGUCGGCGUCGCGCCUGCUCUUCCUCUCCAUGCACUGGGCUCGCUCCAUACCUGCGUUUCAAGCUCUUGGGCAGGACUGCAACACCAGCCUGGUGCGCGCCUGCUGGAACGAGCUGUUCACGCUGGGCCUGGCACAGUGCGCGCAGGUGAUGAGCCUGUCCACCAUCCUGGCCGCCAUCGUCAACCACCUCCAGAACUCCAUCCAGGAAGAUAAACUUUCUGGAGACAGAAUAAAGCAAGUCAUGGAACACAUCUGGAAACUUCAGGAGUUCUGUAACAGCAUGGCCAAGCUUGAUAUUGAUGGAUACGAAUAUGCGUACCUGAAAGCUAUAGUCCUCUUUAGCCCUGAUCACCCUGGUCUGACCAGUUCAACCCAGAUAGAAAAAUUCCAGGAGAAGGCACAGAUGGAAUUGCAGGACUAUGUACAAAAAACCUAUCCAGAAGAUACCUAUAGGCUGGCCCGGAUCCUGGUGCGCCUGCCCGCGCUGCGGCUGAUGAGCUCCAGCAUCACCGAGGAACUGUUCUUUACCGGGCUCAUCGGAAACGUCCCCAUUGACAGCAUCAUCCCCUACAUCCUCAAAAUGGAAACAGCAGAGUACAAUGGCCAGAUCACUGGCACGUCUGCGUAGCGGGAACAAGAGUUUUAUGGAUUGAAGCAAUUUUCGUAAAAACAUACAAUUACGAAGCUGAAAGAAUAGCAUUUUGGUAUGUACCGAUAUUUCCAACUUACCAGUUUCCUGACAGAUCUGUCCUUGUCUCUUUGCUGACAUUGACAGAAUUUCAGCGGCUAUUAAAAGACCUGCUCUCGGACCUUUUCUGCCACAAGGAAUUUUUUCCUGCCUUUAAUUUAAAAGGCUAUAGAUUACUGAACAUACUUUUCACAUGCUUUGUAUUUAGAAAUUAUCAGUGGGUAAAAAUAGAAUUUUAUAAUAUCAGAGAUUAGUAAUAAAAUUACUUUAAAAGUAAAAAAA